UUUGUUAAUCGACUACACAAUUCGAAGAAAAUUGAUAAAUAUUUAAUUCUUUGCCAAUUUGACUACGUAUUUUUCGCGAAAAGUCUGUGAUUUGAAGUGUGUUAAAAUGGAUUUCUUGGAUAUUAUGUUUAGCAAAGGGAAGCCAUUCACGCCGAUAUCAGUGACAGGCGGGUCGACAAAUGGUCGCGUGAAAGCGUACAUCAAGCCGUUGACGAUUAAGACGCGUCUGCUGGACGAUGAAAAAGAUAUGUUCGAAGAUGAUAUUGAGGAAACGCGUCAAAGGUUGAAGAAGAAUUUGGAACGAAUGGGCGAAAUCGAUGUGACCGACGAUAAUUUCUCAGACGACGUUUACACCAAGUACAAUUUCAAUACGCGAACCAGCAAUGGCUACGCAUUACCGAUUUACUCAUCGAAACGUGACAUUCUCGAGAAUGUGUCCAAAUUUCAAUCGGUCGUCAUCGAAGCGGACACAGGUUGUGGUAAAAGUACGCAGGUUCCGCAAAUGAUUCUCGAUGAAGCGCGAAAAAAUCAGAAGGCGUGCAACAUUAUUGUCACACAACCUCGUCGAAUCGCAGCGCGAAGCAUUGCAGAACGGGUGGCCGCUGAAAGAGGAUGGGACUUGGGAACGGUUGUCGGUUAUCAGGUUGGAUUGGACAAGAAAUUCGUCAGUGAAGACACGCGAAUUCUCUUUUGUACAACAGGAGUUCUCUUGGAAAAGUUGAUUCAAUCAAAAUCACUCUCCGGUUUUACGCAUAUCAUACUAGACGAAGUUCAUGAGCGCGAUAAGGACAUGGAUUUUUUGUUCAUCAUCAUACGGAUGCUCAUGGCCAAAGAAAUAACCAGCUGCAAGGUCAUACUCAUGUCGGCUACGAUCAACAGCAAAAUGUUUGCAAAUUACUUCGAGUGUUAUGAAAACGGAAAGUGGGCACCAGCUCCAAUCGUCAAAGUCGACAAGAAAAAUUUGUACAAAGUCAAGGUAUACUACUUGGACGACUUGGAUGGCGUACAGGUAACUGGAAGUUUGGAACAGCCCGGCAUAAGUGACGAUAUGUACAAAUUGGUAUUGACAAUAAUCCGAAGAAUCAACGUUGUGUGUCCAGAGCCAGAUGAUAGAUCACUCAAACUGUCAUCGAUCUUGAUUUUUUUGCCAGGAAUCUAUGAAAUUGGGCAGAUGCGUAAUUUUCUCACCGAAUUUGCGGAAACGAAAGGUGAUUUGGCGUGGAAAAUCUACAUUUUACACUCAUUGGUUAGCACCGAAGAACAGCAAUCGAUUUUUCAACCCGUCGAAGAUGGUGUACGCAAAAUCAUCUUAUCAACAAACAUCGCUGAGAGCUCGAUCACAGUGCCGGAUGUCAAAUUUGUCAUCGAUUUCUGCUUGAUGAAGUAUCUACACAGUGACUCAACGAAGAAUUUCACAUCAUUGGAGAUGGCAUGGGCAUCACGGAACAAUUGCCGACAACGAGCCGGUCGGGCCGGUCGCUUGGAAGAUGGACGAUGCUAUCGAUUGGUUUAUCGCCGUCAUUUUGAGCGAUACAUGCGCGAAUCGCAGAUACCUGAAUUGCGAUUGACACCGCUGGAGAAUGCCAUUCUAAAGGCAAAAACAUUUGAAAUGGAAUCACCGCAUAUGAUCCUUGGCCAGGCAAUGGAAGACAGCAAACCAGAAGUCAUUGAUAUUGCCAAUACCGUAUUGUCGCUAAAAGAGCUUGGUGCAUUGCUGCUUACGUACAAAGACGAGGGCUAUAUACCGGUCGAUGGAGAUCUAACAUUUCUUGGACGUGUAAUGGCGAAUUUACCAAUCGACGUGCGAGCCACUCGAAUGAUUGCACUUGGUUAUUGCUAUGGUGUGCUUGAAGAAUGCGUCAUAAUGGCUGCUGGCUUAACAGCGAAAAGUAUCUUCAAAAUUACGUUCGAACGUGAUUUGAGCGAGUAUACGCGUCGAUUGGAGUGGUCAAAUGGUUCGGGCAGUGAUCUCUUUGCCAUUUUGAAUGCAUACAAAGUUUGGACAUUGAAAUACAAUCAAAAAGAGUUCGGUAAAAAAUCGGAUCAACUCAAAGCCGAACGUGAUUUUUGUAAUAAACACUGUUUGGACGUACGUUCAUUGCACGAAUGUCAUUUACUGAUACAAGAAUUGACGCAGCGCCUUGAUAAGCUGGGCAUUUAUCAAGCGACCGGUCUUCAAGGCAUUCAUUGGACAGAACAAGAGAAAAGCAUCAUUCUGAAGGUGGUCAUUGCCGGUGCAUUUUAUCCAAAUUUCUAUGGCACUGCACCGAUUACAAAUCCCAUCAUUGAACGCGACUUAUACCAUGCAUUGAACGGCCGUGAUCCAAAUAAUACAGUUUAUUUUACGGGCUUUCGACAGGAUCACAUUCGUGAAUUGUAUGUGGAUUCAAUUCGAAAUCUGUUCUUGGACACAGUCGUAAGCAAAGAGGAUUUGGAUGGAGUUAAAAUUUCAUUCGACGCAUCGGAAAAGGUUUUUGUAACAUUCGAACGAUUGCAAGACAUUUGUGAUAACAGACGAAAUGAUUGGGAUACCAAACAAUGUUCAAUCCCCGGCAAAGCACUCACAGAAGUCUAUAAAGCAGUUAAGAUGCGCAAAAUUAACUUACCAACCAGCAUUGGUGUCAUGAAGAUAGAGAAGGAUAUAAAGAUGGCCGAAGAUAUUGGUCUUGGCGUUAUGUCUGGCUCAACAUUUGUUUUGAAGAAAAACAUUCGCGAUGAAAUCGGCAGCAUGUGCAUACCAAGCGUCAUCAAGAAAGAAGUCGUUGGCAAAAUCACAUACGUCGAACACUGUUCAAAGUUCUGGUUUCAGCCAAAAAGCGAAGAGCAAUGUGUUGAAAAUUUUAAGCGAAUUUUGAACGAAAAUUCCAAUGGCAUCAUCGAUAAAUUGGUGGACUGUGCAGCUGUGACACGUGAACAAAUCAUCGUGGCUCGUGAUCAUUGUGAUAACAAGUUGUAUCGGGCUCGUUUGGUCGCGUGGGAAUAUGAUUGUUUUACACUUGAUUACAAGCAUGCACUUGUAUGCUUCAUUGACUAUGGCCACACACAGAAAUGUAGCAUUGAUGAAUUGUUUGUAUUUACGUGUGAUGACAAUGAUUUGGCAACAAUGCCACCGCGUUGCUUCCAGUGUCGAUUGGCGAACAUUCAAGCCAACACAGCCAACAUCAGCGGUGGCAAUUUGUGGGAUCACGAUGCAAUCAGUUUGUUCAAACAGCUUGUUUUCGAUGUCGACGUUACAGUCAAGAUUUACUCCGUUGUGAAUGGGGUGGUCAAUGGUUUCAUUUUCUUGAAUGGAACCAAUAUGAAUGAUCGAUUGAUCUACGAGCAAUAUGGUGUGUUUUGCGAAGAAACCUACUUGUCGAUGGAUAAUUAUUUGAAGCGCCAGCGUGUGCAAGAAGACUUUGAACUGGACAUGAUUGACGAAUCCGCAUUGGAAAUGGAUGAUUGUGGUGAAUACUAUCCGAUUGCAAAUGUCGAAUCGAUUAAGCCGGUUGAAGACAUCCAGUGCAGUCGUAUUGUUCGUUUGAAAGGACCGCACAGUCCAUUAGAAACCCAGGUGUAUUCGAUGCUGGUUCAGAAUGAACAGCAAUCGAUCACGGUUGAUCCACAUUCAGUGAACAGUGUUUUCCUCAAUUCAAUGCAACAGGAUUUGUGCUUGAAGUACAUGGUUGCGUCACAUAUCAGCACAACUGAUAUAAAAUCAAACAAAGGUUUUAUUAUCCACGAAACGACUACCUUGCCGAACAUUCGUGGUUUUGGUGCAUUAAUGGCAAUGACAUUCUGUCCAGCCAUGGAUUUGAAGCGCGACGAUUGGAAAUCACGAUACGUCAGUGUACGAACUGGCCUUGGAUUCAAUGACGAAAGAAAUCAACCAUAUUAUCCUGAGCACGAUGUUGUUUUUCCAUUGGACUUUAAUUUGGAAAAAUCUGACAUUGAACUUAUUAAUCAGAUUCGGUACAGCAUCGGGGAAUUAUUGCACCAGAUCGGCAAAAAUGUGUGUAACGAUACGCUUGCACCAAAAAACAAACUUAAGCUGAUGAAAAAAGUCAAAGAACUUACUCUCGAGUUAAUCACAAAAAAUCGCGAACCGAUUGAAAUUAAUCACGGCGAUCAUGAAUGGAAGGAAUAUGAUUGUAGCGAAUUUGAGCCGUUCAAAGAUUUUCAUGUCGGAAAGGCGAUUUUUCCACCACACGGCGUACCACGGUUGAUGCCAAUGGACAAGAACGCCAAACGGCAAUUGCAAAAACAUUGCGCCAAUUUGCAUAGCAUGAAGGUGUCUAUGCCAAGAGCAACGAUGUGUGAGCUCUGUGCCACACAGAUUGAAAAUGUAACGAUGCUUCGCACCCAUUUGAUGACACGACUACAUUUGACACGCGAAGAUGAAAUUGGCUUCAAACGCCUAUAGGCUACGCCAAAAUUCAGUACACAGUUCGCAGCAAAUAACUCAAAUGACCAAUUUUAAUUAAUUUUUGAACCAAACCACAGACCGUAUUUGAAUCAAAUUUUUAAAUUAACCAUUGCAAUGGUUUUCAUUUAAUGAGACCCAUCCGGUUCAUCUGAAAGUUUACUAUAAAAAAUGACUUUCGAAUAAAACCACAAAUCGCAUUGAAUUGAGUUUUGAAUAUUAACGAUCUGAAUCGUUUUCAUUCAAUUCGAUUUCUGGUUUAUAUGACAACAUUAUUAUUUUUCU